AUGUCCUCAUGCAAUCCUGCAAUGACGGGCUUUGACUCCCAGCUGAAAUGCAGUGCACCAGUCCCCAUACAGGGGAGCCCUUUCUCUGCUCUCCAGUUUCUGCCGCGUUCAAGCCGCUCUUUUCCCUUGCUGAGCCAAGAGGAAUUUGUGGACACCUUGGAUGGAGAUUUUCUGCUUUUGCCGAACAGGAGUCCUGGUCUGCUUGAGAGUGGCAUCUCUUCCAUGCCUGACUUGCAGCUGGUCAAAAGGAUUGUGUCUCAAGUAGAGUUCUACCUCUCAGACGAGAACUUGUCCAAGGAUGCUUUUCUCCUGAAACACGUGCAGAAGAACAAGAUGGGGUUUGUGAGCAUCAAACUCCUGACAUCUUUCAAGAAGGUGAAAUACUUAACCAGAGAUUGGCGGGUGACCCUUUAUGCGCUGCAGUUCUCAGAGGCGCUGGAAGUCAAUGAGGAAGGUACGAAGGUGAGGAGGAGAAAUCCCAUCCCAGAGUUUCUUGUGAACAUCCCUCCAAGCAAGAUGCUUCUGGCCUGGAAUGUCCUUCCACAGGAACAAGCCAUUUCCACUUCACUCCUGUUCCAGACAAUCUUUCUCAUCAAGAUAACUAAGCUGUUCAGCCCCUUUGGUGACAUAACCAGCAUUCGCAUCUUCCGGCCUGGCAAGAAGCUACCUUCUGACUUGAAGAAGUAUGUCUCCCGGUAUCCUGAACUCUUAACCAAGUGUUGUGCUUUGGUAGAAUAUGAGAGUUUGGAGAGCGCACGGAAGGCUUUUGAAGAGCUUUGCCACAAGCAGGUGGUCGGUCAUGGAGAAGCCAUCAAAGUGGUCAGCCUGUCUGGAAGGGGUUCCAAAAAGAAGGGCAUGGUCAAUCAAGAAGAUAGUGAGGAGACAGAAGAAGUGGAGAAGCCUCCUGGGAAGUGGGCUAAUGUGCUAUCUGAGGGCCUCCAACACGCCCUCGAAGACUCCUCCUUCUACAGCUCUUCAGAGUCAGACAGCACUCCAGUUCUUACGCCGAUCCUGCCCCGGAAUUUCCUCUCAGCUCCUGUCUGGCCCACUAAAGUCCUCUCCAGUUCUACUAGCCUGGUCCUCAGACCAAACUUCUUCAGCAUGCCCUACAUAGGCCCCCUCCCACUUCAUGAGUCACUGGCUAAGCCACUGUUCUCCUUACCUCUCUCUGCUCCAGAGCUGGGCCAUAGUGCUUCUGAAUUGCAAAGGCCAUCCGACUCCUGCUGGCAUAGUGGGAUGGGCUCUGGGAUCUUGUGGGCCUCGAAGCAGAAAGGUCAGGCCUGCAACCAACCUAUCCAAGGAAAGCCACAGCUGCUGAACUCGAUGGCUCCGACGAAAAGGAUGUUGGGAUCACUUGGUGCUCGGCUGGCAGUGAUCCGCCUUCCUCAUGGGCCAGAUGGCACCAAGGGAUUCUACAAUACCAUUGGGAGGGGGAAAUUUGUCUUACAACUCUAA